AUGUCAGGAAGCCUACGAUAUAACGCUUCUCAGCCUUCAUUAUCAUCACAUGAGAAACAAGAGAUUGGGAUCGAUCGAAUUGGAUUGCUUCUUAUUGCUGGAGCAGCAACGGUCUCUCUGUUGGCUACAACAGGCCUUUUGGUUUACGUUAUUGUACUAAAGAUUUUGGCUGGACGACCUUCAACGCUCGCAUGGGCUUCUCUACGUCUUGCAUUUAUGGGAACAACAUUUGGACCUCUGUUUAUAAACCUGACUGUUGCCGAUUUCAUUCAAGCUUUUGGUCUCAUGCAUAACUAUUUCGGGUUAGACUUGAGUGCUCAAGGAUCUGAACCUCUAUGUACAUCUCAAGGUUUCAUGGUCCAAUUAGGUGAUGUCGCUUCAGCAUUGAUGAGUCUUCUCAUCUCUGUUGAGACAUUUGUAAUCCUUUCAAAAUCAGAUUCUCCUCGUUCAGGUUCACUCUGGGCCGCUGCUCUCAUAUGGUUGAUGUGUGUAUCAUUUUCAUCUAAAGGAUUACUUAAUCCUCCCAACUUAGAUUACUCAGCUCCUGGCACCUGGACUGGUGGGUGGUGUUGGAUUGCUUUUGAAGGCCAAGGCGCGCGUGUCAUAUUCCAUCAGAUGUGGCUCUGGCUAACGGCCAUAGUCUCCACAAUACUUUACGUAGUCUUGUAUUUUAGAAUAAGAGGUCAUUAUAGAGGCGAAGGACAUGUACUUCAAAGAUCUUCAAUCAUCAUUCCAACUCAAGAUUCAGCUUCUGAUUUCAGUCAGAAUUCUUCUCGAUCAAAUUCAUCCUCUUUACGUCGAGUUGCCUGGACAAUGCUCGUCUACCCUGUGAUCUUCUUUGUGUUCUCAAUUCCUAUCUCAUUACUAUCAAUCAUCACUCUAGAUGAUGCAAAGUAUUUACCUUGGAGAAAUACUUUACUCACUAUCUUCGGGAGUUUGUUUGCAUUGCGAGGACUCAUCAAUGUGCUGGUCUUUGGGUUCACUCGAAAUGUAUUCUUACUACGCGCUCCUCCACCAUCGAGGAAAUAUUCAGAUCCAUUUGUUCCACCAUCACCAUCAGGAAGCAAACAUACUCUUCGACUCUCAUUUGAAUCUGAUCUUGGUCAAGUUCCUAUGGGUGCUAGUAGUGGAAUUUAUGUUACUCAAGUUCAAGUGAUUUAUCCAUCUAGUGAAAUCGGUGAUCAUCAAAGUAUAGAUGAAGAAGAACAUUCAAAUGAAAAAGAUCAAAAACAUCAAGUUUAA